AUGGGGAUGGGAGAUAUAAAAGGUACCCCGUUGGUUCAUAAUGUCUUCGCGAAUCUCGAUCGGCCUCAUCAUCGCCGGAUUCUAGUCCUUGUUGCAGCAGUCCUCUUGAGGUUGUCUUUCUUUAUGUCUUGUUGUUUUAUGCUGAUGACAUUCUUUCUUACUCACCCGUUGUCAAUAAAAAAGAAAACCCCAAAUUCUUUGAAGGCUAAAAGCAAAAUUGUGAAGAAAUCUUCUGAUAAAAACUCUAAACUUGGUGAAUCUAGCUCACCCUUGUUACCCUCGAAAAAGAAAACUAUAACUUCUGAAAAGAAUAAAGGUAAAUUUGUGAAUAAAGCCUCUGAUGAGAAGCCUAUUGCUUCUAGUUCAAAGGAAGCACAGAACUCUGAAAAUGUUGAAAAGACGCCUGAUAAAGAAUCUAAACCAGUAGUAAAAAAUACCAAGGAAACUCAAAACUCCCAAAACCCUAAACCUGAAGGUGCAAAAAAGGGGUUUCAUCAUGAGAGAAAUAAAGACACGAAAAAACUUGGAGGAUUUAUCUUUAUGUGCAAUGGAAAAACAAAAGGAGAUUGUUAUCGAUACCGUGUGAUGGGUGUUCAAGCACACAAGAAAGAGUUAGUGAUGGGGAUCAAGCCUGGUAUGAAGCUGUUUCUCUUUGAUUUUGAUGUGAAGCUUUUAUAUGGUAUAUACACUGCAUCUUCACCUGGUGCCAUGAAACUUGAACCAGCUGCUUUUGGUGGGGCCUUUCCUCUUCAGGUUCGUUUUGAGGUUUAUAAAGACUGUCUUCCACUACCUGAGAGUGUUUUUAAGAAGGCUAUUAGGGAGAGUUAUGAUGAAAGAACUCGCAAGUUCAAGACUGAGUUAACUAUCGAUCAAGUAAAGAGACUUACAAACUUAUUCAAGCCAGCUCCAUUGUUACAUUCAAAUCCACAAAAACCUCCUCUUGUCAUACAAGAAAGAAAGUCUCCGCUUUUAUUGACCGAACAAGAGUAUAGAAGUUACGGUCUUAGAGGCGAAAGGCACCACCACCACCACCACCACAACUUAACCACUGCUCCUCCACCUGAUCCUUAUAGACCCGGUCCCGGUCAAGAAAGAGAAAGAGAAGCUGCCCGAGAUGAUCAUCCGGUCAUCCUUGAACAAGAAAGCAUGCAGUUCCUAAACCCAAAUAUGGUGACCGAACAUGAUUAUCGGGGUUAUGGAGUUAUGUAUGAUCCAUAUAGUAAUAGAGCCACCGGUCAAGAAAGAGAAGAUGAUUCGGGCAGGAGGAUCCUACCCGGGCAACAAUAUAGUAGGAGUUAUGGAGUUGGAGGCGAUCAGGAUAAUACCCUUUUUUUAAGUGAAAAGGACUAUAGAACAUACGGCCUUAAACGUCAACAUGAGACUCCAAAGCCAAAAAUAGAUAAAAUUUCCAAAUCCUCCCCCUGCCCCUGCCCUCCUUGGUUUGUAUCAGUCUGAACCAUAUUUGUGUGAACCAACCUCUAGUUUGGUGGAACGUUAUCUGCCUCCGCCACCUCAUCCUUCCACCUCUUACCAAUAUGACAACAUCAGUGUGGAAAACAGCGAGGGGCGAUUUCGUCAGGAAACAUUUUUAUCUGAUAGAGUAGAAAGGUUAUAUUCGGUUAAUGAGCAGCAACAAAACAUUGGUCAGGGUGAAUACAGCAGAUCUGGUGGAGCUGUUUCUUCUCGAUAUGCGUUUGUGGGCCCUUCUGUAGUACACCGUUGAUUGCAAGUUGCAAAGAAAGGUUUCUUCUUUUGGUUAUCUUUCAAAUGUUGUCCCAGAAUCAAACUUGUUACUGUCUGUAUACAUUUUACUAAACAUUGCUCUACUUGCUUCAAGGGAAAAGUAGCCUAUUUAUGCUGUUUCAAACAACUUGUUUGUUUAUUUAUCUUUCAAUUUCGGAUCUAAUGUUUAUUUCCAUAGGAUGGAAAUGAAGAGAAAAAACAAAAGGUCUUCGGAGAGGACUUCCUUCUGUGUUAUUGCAUAAUAGUUUUUAUAAAGGAAAAGGAUG